CUCAAGAGCACGGCCAUCAGAAGAUUCCUCCGAUGAUGUACCGCGUCCUCCUCGCGCUCCUCGCCGGCAAGGCGGCGGGAUUCUCCUCGAUGCCCGACCCCGGCUGCACGGCGCUGGGCCCCCAGACGGAUGCUUUCCCCGGCAUCGGUGUGCAUUUUUCGCCCGCCGGCCAAGAAUCGUGGGCCGGAAAUUUCGGACCAGACACGCCUUGCGGCCCCUACUGCACCGCCGAGUUCACCAUGAACACCAUCACCACCGCCGCGCCUGGAAGUGGCGUCACCGACGUAGACCUCUUCAUGUCGCUCGCUCACAACCCCGUCCUCGCAGCCAUCGCCGAAGCCUUCAAUCUCACUGCCGGCAUCACCUACACUACCGGUUGCGCGAGUGGACCAGGGGACGGACCAGCAGGCGGCUUCCCGGGGGCGCUUUGCGGCGGCGUCGGCGCCGACCGCUACGGCUGGUGGAGCGAGAUUUGCCGCGAGGCGGUGGGCUGUGCGGCUUGCCACGAGUGCUUCUUCCCGGAUGGCUACCCGUCGGAGUGCAUGCAGACCCGCGGCGGCGAUCCGUACACGAAUUUCACGCCGCGCGCAAUCUUUGACUACAUGCCCACGUUGGAAGCCUCCGAGGCCUGGAUUGACCAAACCGGCUUUGGGGCCUGCAGUGAGGCUUGCGCCGAGCGACCGGGCGAGAUGAUCACCGUCUACGGACCAGGCCCCUGCCCUGAGGGAGUCUCGCCCUACCUCUGCUACUCCGAGAACCCGUGGAUUGGGGCCUCGUUCCCCAACACGACCUCGUUCCCCACUGAGAUCCUCGCGUGCUCCGACGAUUACGCGGGCGCCAUCCUCGGCUGGGGCGACGGCAACAUCGAUCACUACGG